GUCUUUUUUAUAUAAUAUCGUCAUUAACUACUUACUUGAGUGGCCUAAGAUUUUAAGGUUAAUAUAUAACCAACCAACCGAACGAAGACUAAACUAACCAAUCCAACUUAACUAAACUAUCGGACUUUCCCCUCACCUAGUUAUUUUUCCCCAAUUCCCGACUUUCUUUUCCCAAGGAUCCUUUUUCUUCUUCCUCAACACAUCUACUUCGACACUUUGACCUCGACUGCUCACUCGCUUGAAUUGGAUUCUUCUGGAGUAAAUUGCGCUCUGAUGCAGUCGACAUAGCAAUGGCCGACCCCGAAAUCGAGCUCCCUAGGACGGCAUCCCAACUACGCCUUUCGCACGGGAAUAAGAGGAUGUCGGGAAUAACGCACCCGUUAUAUCCAGACGCCGGGAAUACAGACACAGCAGACAUCUCGCAGCAGCAGACCAACAACAACAGCAAUGCCCUCGAUUCCGAACUCGAGCUCGAAGGCGACGACAGCACCGACAAGGACGAGAGUCGAGACGCCGGCGCUCCUGAAAAAGGAGUCGUGGAGGAGGAAGCAGAAGUCGUGUAUCGCUACUUGACGUUCGAAACCGAGCUGCCGAGUCCAACUACCAUCUAUCCCGCUUCCGAUGAUGACCAGGAGGCGGCUUGCCCCCCGCCGCCUCCUGAUCUGGCGAAGUACACCUCGCCGUUCGACUGGUCCGACACGAGGAAGAAUGUCAUCAUCUGGAUCUCGUGUGUGAUUACGGCCCUGACGGCGUAUACGGCUGGAUCGUAUAGUCCCGGCGUGGAGCAGAUGACGGAGGAGUGGGGUGUCAGUUCUGUUGCUGCGUUGGUUGGGAUCACGAUGUUUACUACAGGUAUGAUUGGUCCUGAUUACACCACGAUCUCGGAUUGGGUUUUUUUUUUUGGAUUGAAAGGAAAGAAAAUAUUGACUGGAGAUAGGUUUCGCUGUCGCGCCGAUGGUGCUCGCGCCGUUUUCUGAGAUCCAGGGUCGUAGGCCGGUGUUCAUUGCGUCUGGGAUCAUGUUCGCAAUCUGCCAACUUGGGACGGCCGUUACUCGAUCGUAUGCUGGCAUGCUUGUCGUUCGGUUCCUUGCUGGUGUUGGCGGUUCGACGUUCUCGAUUGUUCCAGUUGGUGGAGUGGUGUCGGAUAUCUAUCACACUGAAGACCGCAACACGCCCAUGUGCCUAUUCUCUGGCGCUGCACUGUUCGGUACUGGGUUGGGACCGCUCAUCAGCGGGUUCAUUGCAGAGAGC